AAAGCCGGUAGACAACAACCGCCAGAGUCGUGUUGGGUUCUCAGGUUUAGCUUUGUAGAAUAAAAAUCAACCUACAAUCAACAACCUAAAGUUACCUCAAAGAUGAAAGCGUGGAACAUAUUUUUUAUUUUUUUAGUUUCCCUUGUACUAUCAGUAGAGGUCAGUUCCACCACACGAUACCGUCAUUUUGAAGAUUACCUGUCGAACCUCGAAGUCGAAGAUCAGGAAAACCAGUUGGAACUUGGUAUCCCACAAACAACAACAACUGAUCAGCCCCCAUCUCCUAAAGGUACCAAAAAGGAUAAAGAAGUAAACUGUUGCAUGCUGGGUCAACUAGCAGGAGACAAGGGCUUCCAUUGUUUCGUCAACUUUUAUAUUGCCCGACUUUGGAGGCGAAAUUACAACCGCGCACAUAACCGCAAGAUGGCAUUUCAUGGCAGUGGAAGGAUUCCAAAUUAUGGCCAAAAGACCAUGCGUACUUUUCAACAGUGUGUUGCUGGUUUUGGUGUAAUCUUUCAUAAGUGCUGCCACCUAGCAACGAUUGAAAAGCGUAUCGUUCGUUAUAACUCUAAUCACCUUCGGAGAAAUGUUCAUCUGCACAGAUAUUCUGAAAAUCGUCUUAAUCGAAAAGCAGACUAUACAACAUAAAAAUACGAGAGUUUGGGGUUCCUAAGUAGAAAGAGCAGUUAGUGAAGUAGAAACAGUUGUUUGCAAGAAAUGCUUGAUCAGAAAAUGUGUUUAGGAAAAUCAGUCGCAUAUUUAAACUAAUUAGAAGUUACUUACUAGUUUGUUUUCUAGAAAUGUAGUUUCCUAUUUCGAAAUUGUUUUAUUUUGUUGUAUACACAAUAUUAUAAACCACGUUGUAAGGCAUUAUCACGUGACAAAUUUCACUUAAACGGAAAAUAUUUGCUUAUUUUUUUAGCCAAAGAUUAAAUUUUUUUGUUCAUUAGAUAUAUAACCAGAGAUAUAAUUAGUGUAACAAACUUAAUAACCAGAUAAAUGUUUUAUUAACUUAAAUUAGAUAGAGUUUUACUAUAAGUUAAAAACCAGUUUUCUGUGUUCAGAAAGUUCUGUGGAUUCAGGAGAUCGUGUAGUUUUACUGUAGGUGGUUAAAAAUCAGUUUUCUGGGGGUAUUAUUGAACUUGUUACGAUGAAAUUAAUAAAGCAAAAUUAGCUAAACUUUUGAAACAUAACGAUUCAAAGUUAUCAGUAUAUUCGUUAAUUUUCAUUGUGAAAUAUAGUUUGAAAUUUUCAUUUUUAUCCUACUGCUUACCUUCAUAGAGAGUUUUAGAUUAUAAAAAAACUUUAAUAUGUCUUGUUUUUAUUUCAACCUCUUUGAUCAAUAUUUCUAAACUUGAUCAUGUUACAUGAUUUGUUUCAAACCAAUUAUAUUUGUUAGUAUUUACUGCUUACUCGGGUGUUACGUAAACAAUACAAUUUGAUGGUAGUAAAUAAAGAAGGGGUGUUUACCAUACUCUCAUCAAGGUAAUGCAUAAAUACGUGGGGAACUUGUAUCACACUAAUUAAGGUAGCAGAUAAAGGUGCAGGAAAACUUGUACCAUACUAUUUAAGGUAGCAGAUAAAGGUACAGGAAAACUUGUACCAUACUAUUUAAGGUAGCAGAUAAAGGUGCAGGAAAACUUGUACCACACUUUCCUCGAGGUAAUGGAUAAAUGUACUUUAAGAAAGACAGGGAGUAAAUUAUAUAACGUAAAAAUUAAUGAAAUCAGAAACAAAUAUUUAUGUUUUUAAUAUUUGUAUUUUUAAUGCAUCGUUAGUGCCAAGGAUAAUAACAAUGUGUGUAAAAAGUUCUUAUAAUAAAUACAUCGGCAAGUUUCAUGUCUA